AUGGUUAUAACUAAUGACGUGAAACUCCCUGAAUUUGCAGAGUUAGAGGUCCAAGAGGUAAAUCUUCCCACGUCCAUAUUGAUGGCCGCUUCGUCGUACAUCGGGAAACAAUGCGAGUGUGUUAACAACGAGUUCAUGCUUUGCCGCUUUGAGUCGAAUGACCCUCGUACUUGUGUGGACCUCGGCAAGAAAGUAACAAGCUGCACUCUGUCGCUGUUUCAGAACAUAAAGAAGAACUGCCUCGAGGAGUUCGUUCAAUACGCGAACUGUAUCGACAAGAGUUCGGGAGAUUUUAGUCUAUCAAAAUGUCGCAACACUCAGCGCAUAUUCGAUUGCUGCAUGCAAGAGAAAUUAGAUAUGGAGCGUCCUGAUUUCGGUUAUUUCUGUCGCACGAGGGUCCAUAGCAGCACUAGCGCUUCGCCCCCGCCCGAACCGUGUCCCUGCAAGCCUAAAUAUCCUGACGCAACACCGUCGCUCCCAGACGACCACCCACGGACUCCCGCUCGCUACGGCGGCCGUGCUUAUUGGUUCAUGGAGUAG